CUGAGAUUGGUUUUGAGUAAUCUUAAAUGAUCCAAAAAAGCAAGCUUCCGGAUAUUAUUAUUGUACCUAACCUCAUUUGAUUAUCGUGAGGCUUUAUCCUCAUACAUCAGCAAACAAGUUGAGCGGAAUCACGUACAUAAAAUAGUAUAUAGUAUUACGUACAUCGUACAUAGGUACAUCAAUAUCUAAAGAAGUGAUUUUUUUGAAAGUUUGUUUCCGUAGCUUGUGGUGUGUUUAUUUCGCUUCAAUAAUUACAAAAUGUCAUCGAUUAAGGGAUCGAAUCUUUUCAUUAAAAUCGCAUUUUGCGUUGUGAUGUUACAAGUAGUGGCUAGUGUUAACCAAGGAUACGAAAACCCAUCAGUUUUAGCUUCACUCAAUUUCAAACCUAUUGGAGUAGGAUUGAAGUUCUCUGUUCCAAAUGUAAACAAGUUUCUCCCAUUUAAUAUGGGAGAUAAUGUUUUUCAAGUGAGAAACGACCGGCCGAAGUACUCCACACCAGAUAAUUUUGAAAGAAAAGACGAUAAAGUGAUUUAUCCUAACAAUUUGGCAAUUCCACACACAAACCCAAGCAAUCAUGAUAUUGCAACUACUAAUUAUGAGAAAGAUACUCAAUACGUUGAAAAAUCACGACAACACAUCAAUAGCGAUGUAGAAAUAAAUGAAGGUAUAAUAAAGGACUUAAUUGGUGAAACUGAAACAACAACUGAAUGGACUACUGCAACAGAUCAAACGACGGCCGAUUACGACGACAUUGAGAAUCGAUUGAAUCCCUCAGCUGUGGCUACGUUACUUGGUUAAAUAUUUACUUACUAGGCUUAGGCGUAGGUAGGUUGUCACACUUAUUAUAACAUAUAUCAGUUCGAAGUAUUUCUUCGAAGAAAACUCUUACAUCUCUGAGAUUGUACAUGAAAUGUUCAUUAACUUUAUGAGCUUCAUCGUCCAAUUCGAAAUAAUAUAGGCAAGUGGGCAUUGCCCUCUUGCGAUCUGUAGGACGACCUCUCUUCUUUUUUCUUUCUGAGCGCAGUACUACCUCCUCCUUGCCAGUAACAACCAAAAAAGAUUUUCUUGUUUUAGUCUCAUUGCGAAUUAAUAUAUCUUUUAUAAGAGUUGUAUUUCUGUAAUAAUAAAUAACUUUAAUAUAUUUCUUAAAUUUUGUUUGAUUAUUUUAAGUAGAUUAAUUAGGUAUUAGGAAAAUUAAGAUUGUUACAGAAGUUUAAAAAAAAAACAAGUUUUUGGCAAUUUUACUACGUACCGUAAGUACAUACUUAAUCUGUUUUAAAACCUGGAAGUGUCCCACAGCAGCUGCCCUCGGAUAAGCUCUGCCCUUAGACUUUCCUAAGUUUUUAACUUACUGAGAAACACAGAUUUACUUAAAUAAAAAAAAAUCGUAAAUUUUUUACUAAAAAAUAUCUAUUCUUACUCUCACAUAAUUUUGUCUGUUCGUUUAUUUGUCAGUGGAAAUAAUAUACUCACAAGUAACUUGAAUAUUUUUUAGACUACAGGAAAGUAAGUUUAAGUACAAUGUCCUGUAUCUCUCUAUAUCGUCCUUUUCCAAUAGUUGACACAUAAUAAAUAUGUAUUUUCUUUGCGAGUGAGUUAUUUGCACACACUGGUUUCAGGUUUUGACUUUUACGACUACCUACUGCGUCUAGUGGCAAGUAACACUGCGUCUAGUGGUAAGCAUAUAUACUAAUGAACUUAGGUACACUGUCAACCAAAGUGCAGGUUCAGUAAUGGCUUUUAAAAAAUGUGUAUCAUUAGGUUUUGAGACUUACCUGUUGAGACUUUCGGUAACGCUAUCGCUGGUACUUAUAAAGAUACUUGUACUUGUAUAAUUAGCUACAGCAACAAAAAAUAUUGAUGUACUAAAAACAACCUGCAAAAACAUAUAUCG